AUGAAAUCAUUAGCAAGUAUUAAAUAUGCAAUUACAUGUCCAGGUCAAGGUUUUUACAGGAAUGGACUUUUAGAGUUAACUAAAACCCAUAAAUCUUUAUAUCAAAAAUAUCUUCAAGAAAUCGAUGAUACAUUAAAUGAGAACUUUUCUAACCACCUAUUUGCUAAAGAACAAGAAUUGGAUGCUAAACAAUGGUUGAGUAAAACUUCAAAUGCUCAACCAGCUAUGCUAGCAUCUACCUAUAUUAUUCUGAAAGUUGUGGAGAAAAAGUGUAAUGUUCCAUUGGUUCUGGGUGCAUCAUAUCUUUUAGGUCAUUCUUUAGGUGAAUAUUCUGCUCUUGUAUUAAGUGGAGUUAUUGAUUUUGCUACUGGAUUGAAACUAGUUAGAAAAAGAGGGUUGUUGAUGGAAGAAUUAUGUCAUGGUAAGAAUUACGGAAUGAUUGCAUUAUUAAUAAAACCAAAAUUCAUCAAUGAAGUGAUACAAUUAGCUCAAGAAUACAGCGUCUUAGGGAAUAUCAAUUCAACUAUUCAAGUCGUAAUAUCAGGAGAAGUCAAUAAGUUACAAAAGUUUAUAGAAAAACUCAAGGAAGUCAACAAGUCUGCAUUAAUGAAAGCUGUACAAUUACCAGUUUCAAUUCCAUUCCAUAGUGAUAUUUUGAAUCCAAUAGUGCCAGAACUAGCCUUGGUGUUGGAGGGGAAGACUAAACCUCAACAGAUUCCUAUAAUAUCAAAUCUAAAUGGAGAGAUUUCAGAAGAAACAGACAAUACAAUCCAUAACAUUUUGGAGGCAAAUUAUCAACCAGUUCAAUGGUUGAAAUCCAUGUCACUAUUGGAGAAAUCAGACAUUGAUACUGUGUAUAACUUAGGUCCUGGGGAAGCUAUCCAUGGAAUCAACAGAAAAUACAAGAUCAAUAGCAUUAGUUUAGAUGAUGUUGAUAGCAUACUGAUAGGUAAAUAG